AUGGCGGGCGACGGUGACUCGGAGAGGCCUGCCAAUAAGAGAGUCAUUGCUGGUGAGCAGGAGAAACCGGCGAGUAGAGCAAAGUCGAAGAUCCGCGAGAUGCUCUCUUCUCUGAGCGAGAGCAUGAAACCACUGAGCGAGACGGUCUCGCACCUCCAGGAUACCGUGCUAGCAAUGGAGGAGAGGGCCUCCGACUGGGACAAGUUUCGAAACAUUAGGGAGGAAUAUGCGGAAGACGUGGACGUGAAGCCCGAUCUCGAAUGCUGGACUGAACAGAUCGGAAGAGAUGUCGAGGCCGCCACCAAGAAAGUUAGCACAGAUCUCCCGGUCGAGAAGAUGGAUAGCAGGCUCACCCAUCCGCUCGAGGCCAAGCAGUCCCUGCUAUCCAGGUGGAAAGGGCAGCGUCUCAACAGAAGGCUCCGAAAGAAGAUCGCCGAAGUCAACAAGAAAAUAGAGGAGCAUUGCAAGGUCCUCUCCAGAAAGCAUUGGGACGAUGUCUGCAAUUCGAUAGACGGUCAAAUGCGCAAAGGGGUGUCUUGGAACCUCCUCAAGCACCUGCUGGACGAGACGAAUACUAAGUCGAUCCAACGGAGCACGGUGGCACGCAUUUUGCACGCAGCCAGGCAGGAAUCCUCGGACGACGAAGUCCUGGGGAAGCUGGUGAACAAGUACCUACCGGUGGUCUCCGGCCCGGCGACUACCCCACUCAAAGAUUACGGGGACUCCGACAACCCGGAGCUGGACGCGGAGUUUGGGGUUGAAGAAAUCAGGCGGGCCCUACACGACUUAAUCGGCAGAUCGACCCCCGGUCCGGACAAGAUCCCGAACAAGGCCCUGAGGAACCUGCACGACAAAUCAAUAGAGUAUCUGACCGAGAUCGUCAACCAGACGUGGAGCAGCGGCAGAGUUUCGGAAUGUGGAAGAGGGCCACCACCAUCCUCAUUCACAAGCCUGCCAAGCCGGCCAGUCCCGACCCAAUCUCAGGCCCCUCUCGCUCACUUCGUGUGUGGGCAAGGUGACCGAGCACGCAAUCCACAACAGGGCCUCCAACUUGGAAGACAAGGACGUCUAUCUCCACAAUAUGAUAUAGGCUUCAGAGCGGGCCUUUCGACGCAAGACGCCACGAGGCUGAUCAAGGAUCAGGUCAUCGAUCACAACACGAGAGACAUGAGAGCCAUACUUGGUCGGGACUUGGCGAAGGCCUUCGACAGCAUUCUCCAUUCCUUUGUCUUGGGAACGAUCUCGAGCCUUGUUUUGGGCAAACACUUUCAUGACUUCACGAGAUCUUUGCUGGCGGACAGAGAAGCCAUCCUCCAAGUGGGAGACCUCGCGUCAGACACGGUUAGGCUCGGUUCUAGAGGGACACCACAGGGUAAAGAGUGUCAUAUCCCCGACCCUCUUUAA